AGUCUAGAAAACUAGAAAAGUGCUGUACUAGAGAAAAAGCUCAAGUCCAUUUACCAUUUCCUUAACACUAGCUGUGUUUCAACAGAAGAUUCACUUGUCUGUGACUUGUGAUUAAAGGAGCAGCUGUAAAUACAGUUAUUUCCUACUCACUGUUAAGAUAAGUUAGAUUUGAUUAUUAAUUAUAUUAUAUCUGAAAAAUUCUUCAGAAUAAAAGUAGACAGUUAUUCUGUUCUGAAAAUGCUUUUACUAUGAAACAGCCAAAUCGAGUAAUGGGUUGUUUUCAGUCACAGCUUAACCCAACUAUUUAGAAGAGAAACAAAAUUUACAGAUUCAGUUUUAAGCUACAACCUCCUGAAAACUGACUAAACAGUGUCUUACAAAAAUAUAUUUUUCUGGUGCACAGACAUGAGACAUGGCACCACAAGCUUUUCUUCUGAUUUGUAAUACCCCUAUAAAAUACCAUUACCACAAAAAGCAAAAAACAAACAAUAUAUACGGAUAUAUUGCCCACCACUUACAAUCACACACUCACACUCACAAAAACACACAUCGGUUAAGAUUUAAGCUGAUCGAGAGGGGAGGAGGAAGAGAGGCCGACAAAACACUUUGUCAUAAGUGGUCAGGAUGUUGCAACAAUUCUGAACUUAGUUAACAACCUUAUUCAUGAAGAGGGGGAGAAAGAGGACAAGCUCAGUCAGCAUAGGAUGCAGAAUCUGGGUGAACAAGGAUACAUGGCCCUGCUAGGUCACAGCCUUGCAGCCUUUGUGUCAGUGUUGGACAUAGUAAGACUGCGAAAACUGUCAACCAGGAUCCUUUCUGACACCACACUGUGGCUCUGCAGACUUUUCAGGUAUGAGAAUGGCUCUGCUUACUUUCAUGAGGAUGACAGGGAUGGCCUAGUUAAAGUCUGUCGACUGGUCAUAAAUGCACGUUAUGAAGAAUAUGCCUCUGAAGGCUAUGCAGUCCUCAGCUACAAACAGCCAGUCGUCUACCAGAGUGCCUCUGGUAGGCCUGGACUGGGACAACAUCUAUGCAGCCAGCUCGGCCUCCCACUCUCUAGUCUGUGCACAGUCCCAUGCAAUACCAUCUUUGGAUCACAACACCAAAUGGACAUUGCUCUGUUGGACAAACUUAUCAGAGAGGACAUAGAAGCUGGCAAGCUUCCAUUACUGUUGAUCGCCAACGCAGGAACCCCAUGGGCAGGACAUACAGACAAGUUGGGUCGUCUGAAGAACCUCUGUGACCAGUACGGCAUUUGGCUUCAUGUUGAGGGUGUCAACCUGGCAACCCUGGCACUGGAUCAGGUCCCCUCUGCUACCAUGGCAGCUAACAAAAGUGACAGUAUGACACUGACACCAUGUCAAUGGCUGGGACUGCCUUCAAAAACAGCUGUCACCCUUUACAGACAGGAAGACCCAGCACUGUCUCUAGCAGCAGGUUUGACCUCCAGCCAGCCAGUGGUGAAGCUUCGAGCACUGCCCGUCUGGCUCUCUCUGCAGCAUCUUGGUCACAAUGGAAUUGUCCAUAAGAUCAGAUAUGCCACUGAACUGAGCCAGCAUCUUCUACGGAAGCUUAAAACUCUGGCCUCUAUCAAAACAUCGAUGGAGGAUGAACUAAGCUCUCCUGUGGUUCUAUUCAAGUUUUCCCAGGAAGUAAAUUCAACACCCAAUGGGCAUUCAGUGGAAGGUUACAGCCCUGGGGAGAAAGAGUUGCUUGAUUCCAUCAACAGAUGGCUAGGUGAACAGCUGCUCCAGCAAGUUCCCAUCAGUGGUGUAGAUGUCGUGGAGCUUGGAGACGAGGGUACAUAUGUGAGCUUCAGUCCCCUCCAGACUGCUGCAGUCCUGGGGACUCAGCAGGAGGACAUUGAGUGCCUGGUGGGGAAGCUGUCAGAACUGGUGCCAUUGGUGAGCUCCACAAUAUCCCUCAGACUGAACUUCAGAGAGGAAACCCAACGACACUCACCCAUGCUCAUGUACAUAGAGGAGCUCAGUUGGCCUGGCCUGGGUGCUGUCAGGUAUGAGCCCCAGGCUGAAGGAAUGGAUGAAAGCAAGAAAAUGCAGGAACUGGAGAAAAUUAACACUGAGCUGCUGAAAAAACUUCAAGACCUUGACACUGACAUCGUCUUCUCCAAUGGUUUGUGGCCAGAGUUUGGAAAAGAGAAGGACUGUAUCUUUGUUGGCAUGGUCGGUGAGGACAUUAAUGUUGAAGAGUUGGUGGAUAUAAUUGCAGCCCUGGGGAGGGACAUUGAAGACAGCGAAAAGCUGUUGGAGAACAUGACAGAGGUGGUGAGGAAGGGCAUCAUUGAGGCAGAGCUGCAGCUGCUAAAGGCCAAUGAGGAGAAACUCAUGGAAGAGGGCAUGAUGAGACAGCUUCCUUUGGUUGGUUCAAUGUUAAACUGGUUUGCUCCGGUUCAAAGCUCCGUGAAAGGCAGGACCUUCAAUCUGGCUGCAGGUUCCUUGGACUCCACUGAGAUGACUUACUCCACCAAAGUCCAGACAGGCAAGCCAUCCCUGCAGGACCCUGCCAAUUCUUCAUUAAAGAAACUUCCAGGUCAGAGGUUAUUCCAGCGCUCAGGGGCAGGCUUGGACUCCUUUAGUGAAACAAACUCCAUCGAACAAGCCAAGAAGACAACAAGGGAGGGGAGUACCACACCAAGCUUAAUAAUCAACCAACCGUUAUCUCCACCUGCAUCUGAGGAAAACUCACACACUGCAAGUUAUGUUGCACCGGACUUAUCUGUGCAGGUGCAAACACAAGUGGAGACUGAUGUGAUCUCUGACAAGAAGCACUCUGAAGACCAAGAUGGAUCAGAGAGGGAUAUAGGGGUUUCUGCAAGAUUCUGAAAUCAACUCUUCCAGUUUUAAAGUUUCUGACAAAGCUUAUGGGCAAUAUUUGAGUUGUCUUUGUCCCACUGAGUCAAAUCAAAAGAUGUCAAAGGUAUUUGAAUUGGGAUACUUCAAGAAUGCCUUUUACCUUCUUGCAAAAAAAUGGCCGUGGGAGUGUUACUUCAAUUCAAAACUGGAUUGGCAUCAGACUUUUUAAUUAUACAUGCUAGUGAAAUAAGCAGUUGUAUAAGGAAUUUCAUUAUGGUCUGAUCAUGGGUAAACUAUCUUGAGAUGUCCUGCUGUCAAAUGUCCUCGUAGCUGUACAAGAAAAGUCUUGACAUGUAACGACGUCAGAAAUUGGCUAUGCAUUCAUAAGGAUAACAAAAAUGCACAAAAUCAGAUGAUAAAAUGUAAAUGAAAAAUCCUUACGUUACACGUAGAAAGAAAUAGUAAUCAGAGACUUCCUUCCAACGUUGUAUUUUUUUUAACUCUAAUCUCUCUGUUAAUGAAUGGCUUGGGGGUUUCUUGUUGUAUAUAAGAGCAGAUUAUAUCUUUAUUGCACUAAGAAUUUAUUUAGCUACUAAAAAGUUUUUUUUGUUCCUUUUUAAGGAGUUGUUCCAAAAAUAGGGGGGCGUUGGAGUUAAGAUAACUCACCCAUUUACUCCACAAUUCAACAUCAGCAGAGCAUCACGGAACAUCUACUGGUUUAACAACUCACUUAGUUCUGAGAAUGUAUGGUAUAUCCAGCUCAUUUAAACAGGGGAAUUUAUCUUUCUCAUAACUAGAACUUUCACUUUUGAUAAGCUUGUCUCGUACCAUCACAUAUUGCUGUCAGGUGUUACGGUUUAAAGAGUAACAUGGGUAACAGGCGGCCUUUGGCUGCAUGAAAAAAGUUCUCUUGAAUGCCUCUUUGAUUAUUUUUUAUUAUCAAUCAAAAUAUACUUAUCAGAUAUGUAUGAUAUGUAUUUAAUGAAAACCAAACAAAGUAACAUUCGCAAAUACUGUUUUGUCAACAACCUCAGAGGCAUAUGGCUCAGUCAAGUCGUCAGAUAACAGGGUCACACAUUGAACCAUAACACCAGCAGAGACACUUUAAAUGUUUAGUCCUUACUGUAAAUAUAAUUCACAUACGAUUUAAAUCUCGCCAUCAAAAUGCUAAAAAGUAAAUUACUAUCGUCAAUGUAAAUUAAAAUUAAAACUUGAUACUACUAGUAAUGUGCCUACGAGUUUUAAACACUCCCUUCACAUGUGCACUGCCCAACAAUUAGUGUAAGAUAAAAAAGAAUAACAGGCUUAAAGAUUAUUAGAAAAAAGUCUGUGACAUAAAUACAGCUAUAUUUUUUCCAAGGAAAUAAAAAGAUGACAUGAAAAGACAACGCAAAGUCAGAAUAUAAGUUCAAGUUGUGAUGUUUUAAAAUAAAGAUGUAUUUCCACGAUUUAAGAAACAUUAGUUUGAAGUUGUUAUGAGAUAAACUUUAAGUUUAUUUAAAAAACAAGAUAUUAAAAGGAUGAUCUAUUAUUUGGCAAAAGUAGAGUGUUGUAAGAGUACACUCAGAGUAGAGGUCAAACACUUGUGUGAGGCUGCAGUACUAAUGUGGUUAUGCAGAACUUGUGUAUGUUUCCUAUCUAAAUUAACUUAAGUAAGCCAUAGAUUUUUCCAUGAACUUCUAUUAGGGAACUGAUAUUUUUAGGAACUUGCCUUUCACACACACACAUCUGGUUCUGCAUGAGGUCUCAGCCUAUAAAAUAUGUUUUCCUUGCCGCUGUUGCCAAUCCAUUUAUUAAGUCGUGUCUCUGUCAAUAAUAUUAGGGGUUUUCUAGGGGUUUUUUAGGGUGCUCUAUUAACAUAUUUUGUGAAUUGAAAUCUAAUUAAUUUAGAGGAGGACUUUCUUUUGGUUUAAAAACAAAAAAAGCUCAAAUUUUGUAUGUCUUGGUUUUAACAUACUGCAGGGGGAAUUUCAAGUAUGUUUCAAAUUAUGUUUUUGCAUCAAAAAAUGUAAAAAAAAAAAAAAAAAAGAUGUGUUGGCCAACUCUUUAUCAUUUUAGAAACAGGUUACCCCCUUUUAAAAUGCAAUGUAAUAUUUGAACAAUUAAGGAAGGGAAAUCAACCAAACACUUAAUUAUGGUCCUUUGCAGUAGUCUGACACUUUUGACACUUUGACAUAAUGACACUUUUUCUAUAAACUCUUAAAUAAUUGCUGAAAACGCCAAUAAUUGUAACCAUAGCUUUGGUAAUUACGAUUAAGUUUAUUUUCCCCUUUACUAUUGCACAUACAGCGAGGGUAAUAGUAUUGUUCAGGGUUUGUGUGUAUUUUUGGGGUUUUUUGCUUCUUUUUAUGUUUUUGUUCAUUUAAUUUUUCCUUUGUCAGUAAAACUGGUUAUAUGUCAAGGAGGAGUGUUGCUUUACAGGUAUAAACUGUCUAAGGAAUUUUUAUUUUAUUUGCCAAAACAUUCUGCAAGACCCUGAUGAAGAACUUCCUUGAUGAAAUUACACUGAACAUAAUUCAAAUGUCACAUAAGGGGUGAAAACAUCAUAGCUUUAUUUUUUUUGUGUAUUUUGCCUUUUUGUUCUAGUUGAUUUGAUUCAGAAAUGCUUAGCGAUACACCUGCCAACCACAAUCGACAUAGAAGACACUUUCAAACAUUACAUUUUUACAUUGCUUGUUUGCCUUCAAAACUGAUAUUUUCAUUCUGACAAAGGUUGUUACCAACAUGUAUAAAGCCCUAUUUCAUAGUUUGACAUGUUACAGACCUGUCAUAUCACUGAAACCGCACCUUUCACUGGUGUCAUUAUGGGGAAGAAGAUAUGGGUUAUGUCUAGACAGCACACUAAAUAUAAUAUUUUCAUAGGAACUUCUCUGAACAUGCAAAUUUGUCUUGCACUACUUGAAGCACUAUGAUGGUUCUUUACAGUUCAAGACCAACAGCUUCUCAUAAGUGGCUGUCCAGGAGCCACUGGUAAAGAGAAACUGGGAUUAAGUGGAGCUCCUAUUUGUGGGGCAAGGUUGGAGCUGGCUGAUGAGAAAAACGCUGGGUAUAAGGUUGCAGAGGUAAAUGUUGAAACUGAUAUGGAGCUGUAGUACCUGAAUGGUAAACGGAUGGCUAGGAACUGGUUGAUGACACUUAAUCACAACAUGCGUCUAUCUUUGUCACGCUCUCUCUGAGUAUAAUUUUGGUUGUUUUCAGUUGAGAAAUGUCACUCUAUAUGAUAAGGUCAUAAUAUGUGCUGCGGAAAUUCAUAUUUAAUAAAUGAAUUUGAUUACUCUGGA